AUGGACGCAUCCACAACACAAGUGCAGCCCCUCGCGGACCGCCCGACCAACACGCACCUCGCCAACGCCGCCUCGGGCGAUCCGUCGGACCUGAAGGCGGAUCUCUCAUCGAUGGAGCAUCACCGCCAGAUGAUGCAGGGGAAGCUGGACAGCGGCGAGAAGCAACCCACUGCUUACGUCUCUCCGUCGGACGAUAUCAUGAGCCCGUGCACAAAGAAGCUGAGUGACAUCAAGGGCAAGCGGUUUAAGAAUGCCGGCAAGCCUCAGUCGUUGUUCGCAAAGCUCGGCAAGAAGAGCUACGAGCAAUCAUCCUCUGCUGGGCACAACCAGGCGACUGAAUAA